AUGACGUCCACUGAAACUGCCGACAUGUUCUCUAGAAUCAUUUUACAACACCUGAAUUCCGGUUUUCUUAGUGUUGGUAUUGCGUUCGGUUCAACUACGGGAUUAUUUCAGGCAAUGGAAAAUAUGGGCGAAGGGAAAACGUCACAGGAAAUCGCUGAUGCUGCGGGGCUGAAAGAGAGGUAUGUCAGGGAGUGGCUAGGUGUUAUGGUUACGGGUAAAAUUGUGGAAAUGGAUGACGAGUCGGAGACGUUCAACCUGCCAGGCACACCGCGCAAAUGCAUGCCGUAUUCUAGCUACACUGGUUUGCAUGAACUCAUGAAAAAAAAUACUCGGGCUAAAUACUCAAAGCUACCAAAUUUCAUUACGUCUGUAAAAGAAGUCAGACCUUUGUUAGAAUCAGGGGUCAAUGUGGUCGAUAUUGGCUGCGGCGAUGGUUUCGUCGUAUGUCGUAUGGCCGAAGCGUUUCCUACAAGUGAAUUCCAUGGAGUGGACAUAUCUGAAGAAGCCAUUAUAAGUGCAAGAAACGAGGCGGCAACGCUUGGUCUAACAAACGUCACAUUUCAUACUCACACAGCUGCUAGACUUCCUGCUUAUUGGUCAGAACUGUUUGAUUACGUCAUAGCGUGUGAUACUAUUCACGACCAAGCAUACCCGGAUGUGGUGCUGAGUGAGAUACGUCGUAUAUUGAAACCCAAUGGAUAUUUUUCAAUGAUGGACAUAAUGGCGGAGUCUAAGAUAACUGAUAAUAUGUCGAAUCCUAUAGCACCAAUGCUUUAUAUGACCAGUUUGAUGUCAUGUAUGCCUUUAUCUCUUUAUUUUGAAAAUGGUGCUGGUUUAGGAACUAUGUGGGGCAAGGAUAAAGCAUUGGGCAUGCUCAAAUCGGCUGGGUUCCAGUGUAUCACUGUCGCGCCUACUGAGGACGAAUUACCCGACUACCACUAUUUUAAUAAAAAAGUUUAA